CGGAGACUGCAAACACAAAAGCAUUAAGCUAUUAGAUCAGCAUUUCAAGGUAAAAAGCCACUGUGCUGUGUCUGGUGGUCCGAGAGAUAUGUGUCAAAUCACUUCUAGCGAGGUGGCGGUUGGUCUUGGCACACGUGAGAUACAGUUUAUAUCUUUGAACAAAGCACGACUGGCAAAAGACAGGGCAAUGCAGUUACAACAUAUUUGCGUUGGGAUUGCUUUCCACCUUGCCAAAUUAUACAUAACAUCUGGAACAGCUCUGUACCAGUACACGCUAUCUGGCUCGGAUGGGAACAAGUUGCAUGAGGAUACAUCAGGUACAAAUACAGUAUUAAAGUGUGCGGUGAGUCCGACUGGCGACAUGAUCUUCGUCACCAACUGUGGAAAGCACAAGCUCCUCACACUUUCCAAGGAUGGGACUCUUCUCUCUAGCUUCGGUGACCCUGAACUGCGAGAUACGCGGGGUGUCCAUGUGACCCCUGUGGGGCAGGUACUAGUGUGUGGAUACAACUCCAAAAAUAUACUGCAGUUGGAUAGCGAAGGCAAGAAGAAGCUAGCUACAUUGGUAACAGAGAAAGACGGAUUGGAAGGCCCUCCUCAGACAGUCAUUUUCAACAGCACUAUUAACUAUAUGAUUGUGGGACAGCGCGACAAAGACAACUUACUGGUAUUCGGAGUUAAAUAAUCACAAUUGUGUUUAUAGUAAGGUACUUUUAAACUUACUCUUAUACAUUUUUCAUUUUCGAUUUGUAUUACACAUUUCUAGUAUAUAUUUUAUAUUGAAGUAUUGCCCCAGUUUGUAUAAUUUUUGCAAAACUGUACGACUGUUCGAAAAGUACAUUGAAACUCGCUUAUCUGUAAGAAAUCAGAAAAUCGUU